AUGAUGACAGAUUUUGAGAGUUCAAAUGGGGGUACUACAUACAAUGGCGCCUCAGUUCACAAGGAUUCCUGUUCCUGGGAACUGAAAAUCUAUCCAACUCAGGAUAUGGAGGAUGAGGUUGUGACAUCCAGGCCUCUGUACUACAUGAUGGCUAUAUUGGGGGUAUUCCUCUUUACCUGCUUGACAUUUAUUGUCUAUGACAGAAUUGUGGAGUGCCGACAAAAGAAAGUAAUGGACACUGCAGUCAAAUCAGAUAACAUCGUUGCUUCCCUCUUCCCGACAACCUUCCGCGACGCACUCUACGAACGUGAAACUGAAGCAUCCAAAAUGAAGAAAGCAGAAGAAGCUCCUCCCUCCAACUCCAAGGAUGCUUUCAGAUCAGUCUGCGCAAAGGACUUCAUGCAGCAAGAUGAGAGCUCCUUAACCGGCAACGUGCCAGUGGCCGGGGAACCUUUGGCGAACCUCUAUCCAGAUUGUACUGUCUUCUUUGCUGACAUUGCUGGCUUUACAUCUUGGAGCUCAUCCCGUAGCCCCACUCAAGUCUUCACAUUACUGGAGACUAUCUAUGGAGCAUUUGAUGUUCUUGCUGACAAGCAUUCGAUCUUCAAGGUUGAGACAAUUGGUGACUGCUACGUCUGCGCGACAGGUCUACCCGAACCACAGUCCAAACAUGCCUUGCUGAUGGUAAAAUUCGCCAGAGAUUGUCUGGCCAAAAUGCCAAGUUUGCUAAAGAACCUUGAGGGUUCGCUAGGAUCUGGGACAACUGACCUUUCAAUGCGGGUUGGUAUGCACUCUGGGCCCGUCACAGCUGGAAUACUGCGGGGUAAGAAGUCACGUUUUCAGCUGUUUGGUGACACAGUAAACACAGCCGCCAGAAUGGAAUCCAAUGGCCAGAAACAUUGCAUCCAUGCAUCCCAGACUACAGCAGAUAUCUUGGCCAGGAUGGGCAAGGGUCACUGGUUGCAUCCAAGGGAAGAGAAGAUCACUGCCAAGGGGAAGGGGGAGUUGCAAACAUAUUGGAUCAGACCAUCCGCUCCUGGGCAAUCUGUGGGUACAAGUAUCCUGGGAGAAUCGGAACUCGCUUCUGUGGAUAGUUUCAGUUCGCAACCUCAACCUUGGAUGGAAGCGAGAGGACUAUCAAGGGCCAUAGAUCAGGAAUCCCACAAUCAGGAAACCUCAGACACGAAAUCACAGAUAUCUUGCUAG